AUGUCAAAGUUCGUUUCUAUAUUUUUAAUACUUCUCUUCGCAUGUGUUGGUUGCUCCUUAGCUGAUGUUACAAAUAUAGGCAUUCCUCAGAGUCCAGUACAUACCGGAGAUAAAAUUACCAUAAAUUGGUCAUUAUCGGAUUCUUCUUCAAAAUCAUCAGCCGUUCUUAAAAUCACUCAAGUCCCUGAUGGUAAUUAUACUAUUAUCGACAACCAGUUGGAGCUGAGUACACUACAAGAGAAUUGGAUAAUUUCAGUGGCAGCCGGGACUUAUUAUUUUUCAAUAAUUUCUGAUGACGGAGAGGUGCGAUCCGACAACUUUAUUGUUAAUAAAAGUGAACCAACCGCUAGCUAUAAUGAUAGUAUGUAUUUUUACAUUACAAAUGAGAGAUGA